AUGCCAUCAAUGAGAGGAAGCAUUUCUACAAUUUUGCUUACUCCUGUUUCGCCACCUCGUGAUUCGAGUAAUUUCUCGUCGACAUUGGCAGAGGGAGCUCGCACGAAAAUCUUUGUUGCAUUUCUCUUCGUGAUAGGCUUGAGCUCUUCGUCGGACGGUGUAAACAACGGCUGUGCUGGUAAAGCAGUAGAGCGAGUCACUAAUAGUGCCGUCGUGGUCAAUAGUGAAGAAGAUUUGAAUGAACAUCAAUCUUAA